UUAAACUCAUAAUUUCCAGAAUCCUGGAGGUCAAAGAUGUUGUGGUAGCCUACGUGUGGAUGUUUAUGAAUCAUUCUCGGAUGUGGGAGGGGUCCUUCUGGUAAAUCAUUCCUGUGAGCAGCGCGGCGUCAGCGCAGCCACCAGGAGCUGUAAUUUCUGCGCAGCUCUGCGCUUGUAGCAAGAAAACAACAUCAACAACAAAAGAGCAUCACUGCCUUCCUUGCCCUCAGCCAGCCUCCACCCCUCUGUCAUUUUAUUUUUACGUUUUUCAGCGUCACAUCCCCCCUGGCUGGAGGAAUGUAGAGACGGAGUGCUUUAAAAAUAGCAUCCUCUCCUCUGACAGCGCUGCUCCGGAGCCUCCGCAGCACUGUGCUGCGAGAAGCAGGAAUGCGAAGAUGGCUGCAGACCUAGGAGAGCUGCUGGUCCCUUACAUGCCCACCAUCAGAGUCCCCAGAACAGGAGACAGGGUUUUCAAGAGCGAGUGUGCCUUUUCUUUCGACUCUCCCGAGUCUGAGGGAGGUCUGUAUGUGUGUUUGAACACAUUCCUGGGCUUUGGACGAGAACAUGUGGAGAGACAUUAUCGCAAGACAGGACAGAGUGUUUACAUGCACCUCAAACGACAUGUCAAAGAGAAAGCCACAGGAGCUGCAGGAGGCGCCAUCCCCAGACGGAGAAAUGGAAAAGUUUUCUUAGAUUUAGAGCUAAACCGUGAUUUUAACGGGGAGGACUAUGAAUAUGAGGAUGAGGCCAAGCUCGUCAUUUUUCCAGACCACUUCGAGAUCCCUUUGCCAAAUAUUGAGGAGCUGCCGGCUCUGGUGACCAUUUCCUGUGAUGCAGUUCUCAAUGCACCAUCAGCUUACAAGAAACAGGAGCCUGAGUCUUGGGAGGAGGAGCUCCAGGUCUCCAGACAUGCCAGAAGCCUCAGACAGCUGGAUAAUGGGGUCCGGAUUCCACCCAGUGGCUGGAAGUGCCAGAAAUGCGAGAUGAGAGAAAACCUGUGGCUGAACUUGACAGAUGGAGCGGUGUUUUGCGGGAAGUGGUUCUUUGAUGGGAGUGGGGGUAAUGGCCAUGCUCUGGAACACUACAGAGAAACCAACCACCCCCUGGCUGUUAAACUGGACACCGUCACCCCAGAUGGAGCAGAUAUCUACUCAUUUGAGGAGGAAGAAGCUGUAUUGGACCCCCAUAUAUCAGAGCACUUGUCACACUUUGGAAUAGACAUGCUACAGAUGCAGAAAAGAACAGAGAAUGGGCACCACACAGACAAUAACUCCCGGCCACGGGUCAGUGAAUGGGAGGUGAUCCAGGAGUCGGGUAUGAAGCUGAAGGUGGUGUAUGGUUCUGGUUACACCGGCAUUAAAAACCUGGGCAAUAGCUGCUACCUCAGCACAGUAAUGCAGGUCCUGUUCAGCAUCCCAGAUUUCCAGAGGAUGUAUGUGGGUAAUCUUCAGAGGAUAUUUGACUAUUCACCACUUGACCCCACCCAGGACUUUGCCACACAGAUGGCUAAACUGGGACAUGGGCUGCUCUCAGGCCAGUACUCCAAACCACCCAUGAAAUCUGAGCUCAUUGAACAGGUGAUGAAAGAAGAACACAAGGUAUUAAACGGGGAUAAAUUGCAUGAUGGUCAUUGCCUCCAGACAAGAAGUACUGCAGGACUGAAAACCCAGCCAAAACAGCAGCAGCAGAAGGGCGUCUCUCCUCGGAUGUUGAAGGCCUUGGUCAGCAGGGGACACCCAGAGUUUUCCUCCAACAGACAACAAGAUGCUCAUGAGUUCCUCCUGCACAUGAUUAACCUGGUGGAGAGGAACAGCGCAGGGUCAGAGAACCCGAGCGACGUCUUCCGCUUCCUGGUGGAGGAGCGGGUUCAGUGCUGUCAGACUCGCCGGGUUCGUUACACUCAGCGGGUGGAUUACUGCAUCCAGCUGCCAGCUCCCAUCGAAGCGGCCACUAAUCGAGAGGAGCUGCUGGCAUAUGAUGUCAAGCGGCAAGAAGCUGAGGAGAACAUGCGGGCUCCUCCUGAACCGGUGAGAGCCCGGAUCCCUUUCACUGCUUGUCUUCAGGCCUUUACAGAGCCAGAAAAUGUCCCUGACUUCUGGAGCUCAGCACUGCAAGCCAAGUCUGCUGGAGUUAAAACUUCUCGUUUUGCCUCCUUCCCGGAGUAUAUGAUCUUGCAGAUAAAGAAAUUCACAUUUGGUGUUGACUGGGUACCGAAGAAGCUGGACUUGGCCAUAGAUGUUCCGGACUUUCUGGAUCUAAGUCGGCUCCGAGCAACAGGGCUGCAGCCGGGCGAAGAGGAGCUGCCAGAUCUAAUGCCCCCCAUUGUGUUGCCUGAAGACACCAGAGAUAACUCCAUGAGUUCCACAGACUCUCCAGAGAUAGACGAGGCAGCGGUUAUGCAGCUGGCAGAGAUGGGUUUUCCACUGGAGGCCUGCAGGAAGGCAGUGUACUACACAGGCAACAUGGGUCCUGAGAUGGCCUUCAACUGGAUCAUAGCCCACAUGGAGGAGCCUGACUUUGCAGAACCGCUUACUCUGCCUUCCAUGAUGGAUCCUGGUCUCUCCACCUCUGACAGCCCCAUGGGUACCACUCCACUGGACAACUCGCCCCCUGAGGAGAGCAUUGCCAUUCUCACAUCGAUGGGCUUCCCCCGCACUCACACUAUCCGUGCUCUCAAAGCCACGAACAAUAACCUUGAGCGAGCACUUGACUGGAUCUUCAGCCACCCAGAGGAGGAGGAGAGCGAUGCCCUUUCAGACAUGGCUGACACGGAGCCAAAUGACAACGCCUUUUCCAACACCAACUCGCACAGCGAUUCAACACUGUCUCCAGACAGAGACACGCCAGGUCCACGAGUCAAAGACGGACCAGGACGUUAUGAGCUCUUUGCCUUCAUCAGCCACAUGGGAGCAUCCACCAUGUCUGGACAUUAUGUUUGUCACAUCAAAAAGGAGGGAAGGUGGGUGAUUUACAACGACCAUAAAGUGUGCUUGUCAGAAAGACCUCCGAAGGACUUGGGCUACAUCUACUUUUACCAUCGACUGUCUAGCAGUUAAAGUUACUGUCCCCCUCCUCCCUGCAAUCUUUAAAUAACCAGUCUUUCACCUAGAAGACUGACAGACAUCUGUAACAACAGUGGAAAUGAUGGAAACCUCGCAGACCAGCUGUUCGCCUUAUUGUGACGCCAUUCAGGAGCAACUAGGAUUACUGGUAUAAAAAGGGAGAGCAAUGUGCUUUUUGUGCAUUUGUUGUGUUUAUGCUUUAAAUGUUUAUGUAAAAAAAAAAAGGCAAACUUGUUGGUGUAAGUAAGGAGGGAUUUGUGCAAUUUCUACUUCUGGACUGCUCUGUACACAAAGUGAUAUCACAUAUCAAAUCUGGUUUUUCCUCCUUUUUGCCUUCAGCUACGUUCAAAGUGCUACAUUUUAUAAAUGUAAACUGAGAUGGCGAUGCUUCACUGCCAGCUCUGAACUGCAACAACAGACAAGAUUUACGAUGCUGCUGGUGGCUUUUUUCCUUUUUUUAUUUUGAAUUACAAUGAAUGUUUUUCAUUGUGCGGUGGCUGAAUGAUAAAAAGAAUGAAAACGUUUCGUUUUGUAACCAAAAAAUCCAACAACAGACUGUGUUUAAAGGGACAUUGUGUAACAUUUUCUGUUGUUUACUGGCCAAAAUCGAUGUCUGCAUGCAUGUGUUGCCAUUGGUGUAUUAUGACCUCUGCUAAUGAUCUAACACAUUCUUGUAAGCAAAGAAUUUUAGAUUUGUUCAUACAUAUGACAGAUAAGCUGGUAGGAAAGUGCCAUGAUGGUCUGCCAUCUUGAAACUACAGCCGCUGCGAACCAGCGCACAGUGAUUGAGAUGUGGGAGAAGAAGAUAAACGAGAGUGGCUUACUACCCCAGCGAGUUGGAAAAUCUGUUAAAUUGUUAUUGACAAAAACGCAGGACCAUGCAUAUGCAACAGCAGCAGCAUGGGAGCUGUUUUCACUAUCGCCAAGAAAUCAAAAAGGGGACUUAAAAGGCAGCGUGACCAGACGAUACAAAAAAACGAGGAUUAACAUCAUGCUAGCCUGCCCCAAGUGGAAGGAGCUCAAGAAGGAGAAAGAUUUUAAAAGGGAUACUGAAGUUGCCAACUUUCUCCUUGGCAUGUAAGUCAACGGUACUGCCUAAGUUAGCCUAGCUAACUUUUUUUCAUUCGGUUUGGUUUAACACUGUUGCUUGUUACCAUGAGCAGCAUAACAGUAGUUUCUGCUAAAAUACACCACACUUGUUAGUACAGAAGUGUAAGUUUACGUGGUUUCAGUCGCUUUCAUAGUCACGGUAAGCACUAGCUUUCAGUCGCAGUAAAGCUGGACUAAAAGCCGGUGGGAAGGCUUUAUAAGCCUGCUUUUACUGUGACAAAAAGCCAGUGUUGUAUCGUGACCAGUUUCCCCAUCGAGAUCUGUUCCCCCUUUGAGAACCGUUCUUUCUUCUAAACACAGAGGAACAAUAUCUGACAAUUUGAUGGGAUGUGCUUUUUAAUAUUUAUGAAAUCACAAACCUCUUCACCUGAUUGAACACUCCAUGAACUAUCGGAUGAGAUGCUUUCAUCGGUGUUGUCGAGGCUUUCUGAAACACAGUGGCUACCACUUGUUGCGAUAUGGUAUUUGAGAAAAUGAGGCGUUAGAAUGCACUAUGUGUUAGAAUGGGAUACACAUUUCCAACGUUAGAUGGAAGUAAUUCUUACACAAUGUCCCUUUAAGUUUGGGGAUGAAGGAAAGAACCAGAGGGUUACAAAUGGGUGUUGAAUAUUUCUGGCUAAAUGUCUCAAUACAGCCCAAGGUUUACUCAGAGAAUACUCCCCAAUACACUGGCUGAGUUGUGAAGUUAUUAAUUUUCCAAAGCACUUUUUGACUUUAACAAGUUCAUAUUCUGCACCUGGUGCUGUAAAAGUGGACUCUUAACAUAUAGAUUACACACUACAAUCAAAUGAAUGUGACACCUUUCAUUAAAUUUAAUUACUUUUAAAGCAGUUAAUCCUCUUACAGUAUUGCAUUUGGUUAAUAUGGGCUUUGAUUGAUGAUUUUUAUAUCAGUAAUGUACAUGUAAGGUAAAUAUAAGUUCUCAACGCUGCAAUGCAACUUUUUCUUUUCAUUAUUUCUUGCCCAAAUUGCAAACUAUUUGCAUUCUAGGCAUAGCAAAGUCAAGUCAAACCAACUUUAUUUAUUAAGCACUUUACAACAACAGCUACUGAACAAAGUGCUGAACAUACUUUGCCCCAGCUGCACCUGCUGCAGUUUGCUUACUUUAUCACUCUUGACAGAUUCAGACUGUGACCCAAAAGGUAAAAUAAAUGUUUUCUUUGACUUGUUGCCAAUUUUCGGGUCAGUUGGUCCGUUUAUGCAUCUCAACAUUAACCAUAUCUGGAGCAAUAUGCAUUACAUCCAAGUACAUUCUUGAACUAACAGUAUGAUAAUAGCUGCAAAGAAACCUGCAUCUCCUCUACAAUGAAUGUGCUAAUGGAUCUGAUGCAGUGUUGAAUGUAUAACUUUAUGGUGCUCACUGUAAUCUGAACCUCUCUCCAGCUUUAGUAAUAGUAAUAAUAAUAAUAAAAACCCCACCAGGAACAUCACAAAUGGCCUUUUUCUGUUUAGUCAUCUUAACCCCGUGCUGGAAUUAUCCUCCGCUUCCAUACCAUGACAGUAUGUCCAGAACAGUUUUAUUUGCCAGAUGAUCUUGAAUUGAAUGCCUGUGUAUGUUUUUCUUAAAAAAAUGUAUGAACAUAUAACUGGAAAUUGGUGACUGGAAUAUAAAUAUAUGAUUAAGAGCCAGAACUUCAUCUAAAGUCAUGAGUAUUUCCUUGAUUAAUAUCUUUACAAAGAAGAUAACAUUAAGAUAAAUAUCUACUGAAUAAAUUCUCAUUUCUGCAUUGCUCCCCUUUAACAACUAUGUGCCUGAACCUCCCUGAGCAAAUCUUCACUUCACACAAAUCUCAACCUCUUAAUAAACUGCUGCAGAGUUUGUCUAUGCAGUGGGGAAUACUGUACUGAAUGUUUCUAUGCAAGUGUUGUUUCUGCUCCUCAAGAUCAGCAGAUAAAUGAUUAGAUCUUCGUCUUGCUUAACGAUUGUUAGUCAUAUGUGUCCAGAUAUUCUGUGCAAUGUCUUUUAUAUCUUAGCACCUUUAUAGUUCCUCUCUUCCUCCUUGUUCUAGUAUUGUCUUUUGUAUUUUUUCGUCUUGUCAUUAUGGCUUUCCCUUCAGGUUGGUCUCUUCCACUCUUCUUCAACAAUAAUAUUUCAAUUUGUCAUAAAAAAAAAGCCGUUUUAUUGUCAGCAUGUGCACUCAACAUCGACAUUUAGACAUUUGGAUUGUAGAAUUGUACUUAAGUGAGUUUUAUUCUCUUUUGUUUCAUUUAACUAAAUGUCAAAAAUGUACUUAUUUUUACUCUGCUGCCUUUUUGCAAACAAAUUUGUGCCAUUUCAUCAAUUUUCAUUAGUUGUCUUUGAGGGAGUAUUUUAAGUUAACUUUUGUAAUGUAGACAUUUAUCCAAUUACGACUUCAGUGUACGUGAAUAGUCAGGGCAGUGCAACUGUUUACUUUACAAUGUUUGAAUAAUUUAAUAAACUACACCUUUGUUGA